AUGAUGAUGAGAGUCACAACACUUUUACUUUUCAUUGUUCCCUUCCUGUCGACAUUCAUCGCAUUGGUCCACUCGUUGUAUGUGGUCAUUCCAGAUAACACGGCUGUUCUACCAGUGAAUCAAGUACUACCUCUCCUCUUUAUUGGAGGUGGACCUUUGAGUGGACAGAACGCGACCCUUACCUUAUAUCGACAACGACAAACUCAACCUGAUGAAUUGAUCAUGCAAACAGAGGUUCAUCUAACAGGUGCCUCAGGUUACGUUCCAUGGGUCAUUCCAACCAAUGCAACAGCCUCAUGUUCCUACUAUGUGUGUUUGAAUCCAGUCAAUUCUUCCCUUCUUGCUUCUUCCAUUGUCGACCUGAACGAUCCCUAUCGAUGUUAUGCCGUUGGAGGUUUCUAUUGUGCUUUCAACCCAAGUACUGUGAACACCAAUGGACCACCAAGACGUCCCUAUUUGACCUUAGAUUAUCCUCAACAAUAUACCAAAUGGUUGGCCAAUAGAAACUACUCGGUGGUGUACAGCCAAUUCUUUGGCAAUGGUGUCGAGAAUGGAGCACAGGGAUCCUUCUCUGUCGCGUUGAGCUUGUGGAGAAACAAUGGUGGAGCUCAAGGACAAGAUGUCAUGAUUGAUGGAACCAAAAAAACCUACACUCUCGAUAAGAGUAAACCAAAUGGUGAGGUAGAUUUCUUUGUGCCUGAAAUUUCUACUCCUGCCGUCAAUAAUAGAUACUACAUUUGUGCUGAAUUGGUGUCUAAUGAAGUGGGUGUGGAUGCCCUGAAUAACCACACCAAUCGAGACGAUGAAGGAAGUUGUUUUGCUAAAUCUGGAAUGUUCUCCAUCUCGAUUGGCUACUUCACCAUCAAUGCUCCACUCGCUAAUGCCAAGUGGCAAUUCAACACGACUCAAUUUAUGGAUUUCAAUGAGACCAUGAAAUUUGAUCAAUUCUCUUUGAGUGUCUUCCAAAUCAGAGAAACCAAUAAGGAGUUUAUUUCAGAUGAUGUUCGAUUGAUUAAUGUUAAUCAACAAGUACCAACUCCGAGACAAGGUCAAAUUCCAUUCAUUGUGAUGUGGGGAGGAGCUUUAAGAACCACUCCUGGAUGUAAUUACUUUAUUUGCGUGAAUCCAGUCUUUGUAGGUCCUUACAAUGUUCGUUGUUUGGUCAAAUCUGAAGUUUUCUGUAUUGAGGGAGGACAAACAGAGCCAUUACCAAUUCCUCAACAACAACAACAAGGUCAGCCACCGCAAGGGCCUCCUCCUCAACAACAACAACAGCAACAGCAACAAGGAGGACAGCAACAACCACAACAACAGCCUCAACAAAAGAGAAUGUUGCAUCACACAGAGGUCGCUUCUAGUAGUAGCGAACAAGUGGUUGCCUCUCUCCCAGAUUAUUCUCAAAUGAGAAAUCAUAUUCCGAUUGCUCAGAGAGUGAAUGUGUAUGGCCAACACAAUCCUCAAAUGUAUCCUUUCUAUUCGCAUGGCUAUCAGGUACGACGUGCGAUUUUGAAUCAUGCUCAUCCUCGGUAUCCACGUUUGCAUAUGCGAGUAUUAAGAAGAUUUUAA